CUCGACGGACGACGAGGAGUCGAGGACCAGCUGGAAGUGCUUCUGUCAUUCGAUUGCCCGUUGCCAUGGGCCCAUGGCCCGUAAAGCGUAACCAUUGAAACCAGCUUGUCAAUUAAAAUAAAAUACUACAGAGAUUGGAUAUAUUGAUGAUGGAAAGUAUCCUAGCUCAAGUUUCAUCGAUCCUUAAUCCGGGGAAGAAUUUCAAAGUGAAGAACCCUGCACAAGGCAAUGAUGGUAGCUUGGUGAUGGCCUGUCUUCAAGUUAUUCCUGCUGAUUGUUCAAGGCUCAAAGGAUUGGACUUGUUGCAGCAGAGCUUGGUUCAUCAUUGGCUUACAUACUUACAGCUACACCUUGCCCACUGCACUUCUCUGCAGGAAUUUCUGGGAAAACUACAAUAUGUUAACAAAGAGCUGUCAAAUCGCGAUUAUCUCUGCGGCUUCUCGCUCACCGUGGCGGACUUGCUUUUCUUCUUAUUACUGCAACCUUUCGUGACGACAUGGACGUAUCAUCAAAAGGAACGUCUGUGCAACAUCAGUCGAUGGUAUAACUGCGUCCAGAGUUGCGGCUACUUCGACAAUGCCAAGAAACAACCGAUCAAGUUCUCCAGAAGUUUACUGUAUCUUGAUGACACAAUAAACAUUGUAUAAAGGAA